GCGACGUCACUUCCGGUUUAAACAUGGCAGCGCACUGACAAAUGUCACACUACUCUUCUAUUGAUCAAAACAUAUUAACGUUAGUUUUAACACCUGUCCAGCGAUUAAAAAAGAGGUGACAUCUUGGAAGAUUUUGCUUUACUACGUACAACAUCCGCAGAGGAUAAAGCCAACACCAUGGUUCAUUUAUCAUCACUCCUGCUAAAGAACUACCACGGGGGUUACGUUGUCAUCCGAUUUGCUCUUGCAGGCCACAAACAAGCGAACAGACCCUUUUAUCGCAUUGUGGCAGCUUAUAACAAAAGGGCAAGAGAUGGCAAAUAUUUAGAGCAGGUGGGCUCCUACGACCCCCUCUCGAACAUCUACGGCGAGAAACUUGUCAGCUUCAACUUCGACCGAAUCAAGUUCUGGAUCGGCUGUGGCGCACACACUACAAAGCCAGUGGCCAAACUUCUAGGGUUGGCCGGAUUUUUCCCUCUGCACCCGAUGACUAUAACAGAGGGUGAGCGUCAAAGAGCCCAAACCAAGUUGACAGCAACAGGGACAGAGGAUGGUCUGCAGGAGGGACAGAAGGAGGCUGAAGUGUGAUAUUUAAAGCUGUGGACUGUGUGUGACCGUUCCAGUACAAAAGAAUGUCAGUUAUUUGAAAGGUGAAAACUGAUCCAUUUGUUUCCUGACAUGUUGGGUCGACUGCUCGUGGUAACGUCAGAUAUGGUAUAUUGUAUUUCUAGUUGCUUUAGUAGCAGCUCUGAACAAUUCAUAUUAAAACGGAUUCUCGAUAAAUUUCAAUAGCUAUAGGUUAUGUUUAUGGAGUGCCAUAAUAGGAAGUUGUUUGUAUUUUCUGUUUUAUUUGACUUUAUUUGAAUAAAGUAUUUCAAUAUUUUCAAUUGUUCUACGUCAAGUCACAUAUUUUUUCCAUCUACUUCUCAUUUAUGGACAUUUACGGACAAUUAGUUAGUUUUGUUUACUUUGAAUGAACUGACUAUUGAACUGUGCAAUCGUUUCUCCUUCUUUUGUCUGUGUUCUUUCUUUUUUUGGCCUGCAUAUAUUUGAAUGUGCACACAUGAAUCAAUAGUGAACCUCACUAAUGUCAAACACAAGAAAAGAAAGAAAUCAGAAAUGGGUGGGAUUCCUGAUAUGUUUAUUGGCAAGCUUUGUGGCAUUUACUUCCUUUUUGGCACAAUAGCAAAUUCUCCGCCCGUUAUACUGAAUUGCGUGUCAUGGAAACCUUUUGUAAACUGGAAACUUACUGUCCACUCACAGAAGUCACACAAUGUUCAACAAUAUUUUUGGUAUCAUAAUUCAGAUUCAGUAUAUCGUGUUUUAACUGAUUGAAAGGAAACAACCUUGAGACAUAUAUUUCCAAUUUUUCCUCAGUGUGUGUAUAUAAAUAAACUGCUGUCUAGUGUGCCUGUCA